AACCUCUAUGUUUACAUGUUAUAAUGGAAUAGUUAUCAUGGCUGCACAUCAAAGAUUUAUCUUUGCUUUAGAUAGAUUUUUAGAUCUUUUUCUUAGAUUAGAUAAUGAAAUAAAAGAAUAGAUAUAAUUAAAAUGACUAAUCUUUAUUUAUCAAGGGCUAUGCUGUGCCUGUAUUUAAAAUAAUGACUUAUGUUUAAAACAAUGAUUUGUUGUAAAGUCGAAAUUACGCAAAAAUAAUUAAGAUAAAUAUUUGGCUGUUUAAGAAUUUUAAGAACAAACAUUGAGGUGUAUUGGUUAUGAAAACUAUCUUAUUUCAUUCAAAAAUAUAUGUGUCAGGAUGUUAUAGUCAUAGUUUUCCUGAACGAUGCAUGAAUAUUUAAUAAAACAUUUCAGAAUGUUGUACAAAAGAUGUCCAAUCAUAACUAUCGUGGUAUGGUUGAUUCUGUUGCCUAAAGUCGCCACUGGACCAAUAACAGAUCGGUCUAUACCAGUUGAGCAUUCAUGUAACCGCUUGCCUUAUAUCCUAAAAGAUACGGAACUACGAUUUAGUUACAGUGCUGAUCAUUUGAUGGAACGCAAUUGUGUUGUUACUAUUUCAGCACAGGACAAAGUGUGCGUCAGUUUUGUGGAAUAUUAUCUUGAUUGUGAAACUGACAUUAUUCUUGCAGAAAGUAUCAAGUCCGUUGAGAAAAAGACUUACAGGUGUGACACUAAACAUUCGGCAGACUUCUGUUCCUCUAAAUCAACCCUGCAAAUAAUUUUUCAACGGAAGAAAGAUCUGCACAAAGACGGAUUUGGAUAUGCUGAACUGAGGAUUUAUGGCACAAGUAAACCGGGCGUGGUUUCUGGAACUGCAUUAACUGUGAUAAUUGUAAUAGGCGGGAUAUUUGGCAUACUUCUGCUACUAAUUUUGUCGUCUGUUCUUUUGUCACGUGCGCUGUAUAACUUACAUUAUAAAGCAAGAUUGGAGCAAACACAGAACUUAGAGGGAUAUCCUUUGCAAGGAGAAGUUCCAGUAGAGCCGCCACCACCGUACCAAGGUCCCGAGCUCGAGCAAGGAGACACAGCAGUUCCAGAGUAAUGCAGAAUAAUUGUGAUUAUAUAUAACUAUAAUUAUAUACAUGUGUUAUCUGUAAGGUAUCUGUACAUACACAUAAUUUGUGAAUUCAUCUUCAGUGCAGAAUUGUAUAAAACAAGAGAAGAUACAUGUAUGUUGUUCGUAUUGUAUUAUUAGUUCCUUUAAAAUGAAGUUAGAUUUACUGACAGUUUAAUCUCCGCCAACGUAAAUGAAAUAUAGAGAUGCCUGAAAAAUAACGAAUAGCAAGA